CAAGGAGCUGGACCCCUAAGCCAUAUUUCUUGUGGCGUCUCCAUCCUUAGCUGCUCAGCAGAGUUCCCGGUCCAGAUCCGCACCUCAACGUCUCCACUCGCUCUGUGCACCCCUUACGUGUCGGCUGGCAGUCAUCCCCAUGUGGACAAGAACCGAGUGGGGCCGGCCGGUGCUCCGCUUUUGCAACUUCUCCAGUCCGCAGUCGCAGAGCCCCUCCGCUGGGUCUCCAAGCAGGCUCCGCCCGCGCAGGGCGGGUCCGGCGGGCGUAGCGCGCCGACGUGCCUUACGCGCCCCCGCGGCCGGCCGGUGGCUGUGGGCCACACCACCGCCCUCUUGGAGGCGGGCGGGGCAGAAGGCGGCGGCGGAAGCCAUGUUUGUGGCUCGCAGCAUCGCGGCGGACCAUAAGGACCUUAUUCAUGAUGUCUCUUUCGACUUCCACGGGCGCCGGAUGGCCACCUGCUCCAGCGACCAGAGCGUCAAGGUCUGGGAUAAAAGUGAAAGUGGAGAUUGGCAUUGUACUGCUAGCUGGAAGACACAUAGUGGAUCUGUAUGGCGAGUGACAUGGGCCCAUCCUGAAUUUGGACAGGUUUUGGCUUCCUGUUCCUUUGACCGAACAGCUGCUGUAUGGGAAGAAAUAGUAGGAGAAUCAAAUGAUAAACUUCGAGGACAGAGUCAUUGGGUGAAGAGGACAACAUUAGUGGAUAGUAGAACAUCUGUUACUGAUGUGAAAUUUGCUCCCAAGCAUAUGGGUCUUAUGUUAGCAACCUGUUCAGCAGAUGGCAUAGUAAGAAUAUAUGAGGCCCCAGAUGUUAUGAAUCUCAGCCAGUGGUCUUUGCAGCAUGAGAUCUCAUGUAAACUGAGCUGUAGCUGUAUUUCUUGGAACCCUUCUAGCUCUCGAGCUCACUCCCCCAUGAUCGCCGUGGGAAGUGAUGACAGUAGUCCAAAUGCAAUGGCCAAGGUUCAAAUUUUUGAAUACAAUGAAAACACCAGGAAAUAUGCAAAAGCAGAAACUCUUAUGACAGUUACUGAUCCUGUUCAUGAUAUUGCAUUUGCUCCAAACUUGGGAAGAUCUUUCCACAUUCUGGCAAUAGCAACCAAAGAUGUAAGAAUUUUUACAUUAAAACCUGUGAGGAAAGAACUUACUUCCUCUGGUGGAACAACAAAAUUUGAAAUCCAUAUAGUGGCUCAGUUUGAUAAUCAUAAUUCUCAGGUCUGGCGGGUGAGUUGGAACAUAACAGGAACAGUACUAGCAUCUUCAGGAGAUGAUGGCUGUGUAAGAUUGUGGAAAGCUAAUUACAUGGACAAUUGGAAGUGUACUGGUAUUUUGAAAGGUAAUGGGAGCCCAGUAAAUGGGAGUUCUCAGCUGGGAAACUCAAAUCCUUCUCUCAGCUCAAAUAUUCCAAAUCUUCAAAGCUCAUUAAAUGGAUCUUCUGCUGGCAGGUAUUUCUUUCCCCCUCUGGAUUCCCCACGGGCUGGAUCAAGAUGGUCCAGUUAUGCCCAGCUCCUUCCUCCUGCUCCUCUGGUAGAGCACUCUUGCGAUGCUGACACUGCCGACCUCCAGUAUCCUCACCCUCGCAGAGGAUACCUCUCUCGGCCUCUUAAUCCCUUACCUGAGAAUGAAGGCGUUUAAAACACUGAUCUAAAGGCCUUAUUCAGAUGCUUGUAAAUGCUUUCAUUUGGGGCUGUUUUUGUUUUUCUUCGUUUUCUUUCAGAAGAUUUUUCUUGUUAAGGGCCUAUCUUGCAUGGAUUACAACCACAGUAUUUGGAACUUAAACCUGUUUGUACUUCUGCAUCAGAGAAACAUUGACUAGUUGAUUAUUUUUGAUGAAAUGCACUUUGAGUAAGCAACAUUAAGUGUGAAAGAUACGCCGUGUCUGAUUUCAAAGUGCCUGUUUUGUACAUUUUAAUUUUGAACUGUUGUCAUAGAGUUAAGUUUUGUGUCCUCUGAUGUACCAAUUAAUGUGAAAAUGUAUCAUUAUGGUUCACUCUGCUUUUGAGACAUAUUAAGAAAUACUCUGAAUUUUACAGGCUGAUGUUACAAAUGACUAUGUAAAAUAAAUCAUUCCUGUGUAUAAAGCAGCAAAAC